UGUAUUGAUUUGGUAAUGUUGUUUGGUAUAAGUAUUAUUUCAGUGCGUAUUUGCUGCCAAUGGGAUACUUCUACUUUUACCCAGUAGAGGGCGCACUCGCCUUAGAGUUGACUACUGAGGAUUGAUGUUAGACCGAAGAAGUUGUACAAGAGAGAAACAUGUGCUUGUACUGUGUGUGCCGUUCUUAUUAAACGUCCUUUAAACUUGGAGAGUGUGCGCGUCAUUACGGCCACGAUACAACAUAUUUUUGGCGACGAGGAUAAACAAAGUUUUGAAGAAAGGACGAGUGUUCGGACGACAAGGACUUAAAAAGGGAGGUGUACCAAGUACCGUGAAAGUUUGUAGAAGAUGGCGACCAUUGGCACUCUGGCGGCGUUUGAUGCGAAAAAUCAAAGCUGGGAAGAAUACUGUGAAAUAAUGGAUCAGUUUUUUGAGGCCAACGAGAUUGAUGAUGGGGAUAAGCAGAGAGCUAUUCUCCUCAGCGUUGUCGGCGCAUCUACCUACAGUUUAAUGCGGAAUCUCCUUAGUCCAACUAAACCAAAAGAGAAGACUUACGGCGAGCUGGUGGCACUACUAAAAAACCACUUCGACCCAAAGCCAAGUGAAAUCGUCCAGAGGUACAAGUUUGAUUCUUGCAGUCGUAAACCAAAUGAGUCGGUGAUGGAGUACGUAGCGGAGCUGCGGAGGCUGGCCCAGGACUGUAAUUAUGGCAACACCUUGGAGCAAAAGUUGAGAGACAGGAUCGUUUGUGGAAUAAAUGAUGAUCGGAUUCAAAGAAGACUCCUGGCAGAAGCAGAUCUAACGUGUGAGAAGGCUUUGUCCAUUGCCGUUGCGGCAGAAACAGCAACUAAAAAUGCGCAAGACCUGCAGAAUCCGUGCGCCACUGCGAAGUGCUUCAAAGUAAACAAAGGCCCGCAGCAGCGAGGUGCGUUCAAGUGCGGAAAUGUUCAAGAGUGCUAUCGUUGCAAAGGACAACACAACGCUGCAGAAUUCCCUUCUCGUCAGCGUUCUCCCAGUUCUCCCAAUCAUAUCAAGAGGGCGUGUGCAAACACACUCAUGGUAACUAUUAACUUUUAUUGUUAAACUGCCUCUUAAAAAUGUGCAAUUCCCUCAAAUAUUUCUGAAUUUCACAAGAGCAUAAGUGAUUUCAAUUUCAGACAGUGAAACUAAAGCCCCCCCCCCCGAACCAACUAAAACAACAACAACAACAAAUAUACAGUGUAUCAAGUGCUUAGCAGGAGAAUUGUGAAAUUGUUUUGUCGUCCUCAAAAACGUAGAAAAAGACUGAAUUGCCAGCGUAAGUUAUUCUGGAUCUGAAUGUGUGCAGCUAAGCCAAAGUAUUAAGUCUACAACAUGUGAAUUUUGACUUUAUUUUUUCUUUGUAAUAUUACGUCUCUGUGGCCUUGUUAGUAGUCCCUUGUAAAAUAAGAAAGGGCUGCUUGGAAAACAAUUUGGUCGUAUUGCAAGGAAGCCUUCAGCAAGAAAGUGAAUUACAAAAUCAUCACAGUGGUUCACUUUGUUCACACUAGAAAAGGUCCAGCAAACGUUUUCCUAUCAGGGGGAGGCAUAAAGUUGCUAAAGUCCAACCAGGAAAAUGCAGGGUUUCACUGUAUUAUAAAGACAAACAGAAAUAGUGCACAGCUAAAAUGGACAACAAAUAUUUGCUAAUGCUAACUGCUGAGUGUAGUUCAUUUUACUAAAAAACACAAAUAAA